UCGCUUUGAAAGUUCGCUCCAAAAUGAAGAAGAAAAUAACAGUAUUUGCUUUGGUGGACGAUUUGGUCAUGAAUAAUUACUGGUUUAUUAAUGCAUUUGUUUCUAUCAAUAUACUGAUAUGAACGACCUACCCUACCGGUCACAAUUCAGCUGGCAAACGUUGGAAGGUGAUCCCAAGCGAUUGAUAUCUUAUAGUAUUCAGUCUAGUGAAUGUACAAUACCAAUUUCACAAGAUGAUCUGCUGAAUCCGGAUGCCUGUUUAGUGCUAGGUGCUGACAUGAAUGAAAAAUUUUGUGAGCAGACGAUAACAAUUCAUCCCGCCCACCUGAUAAGUAGACUAGCUCUCAUAGUAGAAUGUGCUACUAUCGAAUCCUACGUUGGUAGAAUACGUGAAUACAACCAGACUCAUCACGGCGAUCUUAUUUUUGACAAUGAUACAAAACUCUACCGUUUUGACAUCAGUCUCAAACCAUGCAAUGCAUCUGAAUUAACACUUCGUUAUGUCUUAUCUGCAGAACAUUCUUUGUGCAUAUAUGGCUUACAUAUAAAUUUGACGAGAAACGCUAACGUAGUGAACAUGUUAGCGAAAAAAGCAACAACAAUUGAUCAAGCUAUGCUGGAAUGUAGAUUGAAUGAUUCAAAAAUGUCUGAGAAGGCGAUCAAAUGUAAAGAGUACGUGUUGGCUUCCAUGGAAAAAAGCACCCGACAGAAAAAUAUUGAAUUUGAAAACAUAUUCAAUAAUAAUGUUGCUACUUUGAAAAGUAGUUCAGUAUCGGACGCACCAAGCUCUAGUAAAGAAACAUUACAAAUUCAACCUCAAAACCCUGGCGAUCCGGGGACAACAAACCAUAUUUUUCAAUUUCCACAAUUCCCACCUUUUAGUGAAGCUUUGAUCAAAGAGUACAUAGAUACCAAAAUGUUAGAGUUAGAAGCUGCACUCGAUGCUAAACUACAAGCCAUGGAGUUCCGACAGAAUAAAAAAUUAGACAAUAUUUUAUCUUUACUCGAAUGUAUAAGCAAUAAAGAAUAGUUACUUUAAAUUGAA